UUUGUUGACAUUUGUUAGCGAAAGACAAAAACAGUGCACACGCACAGGUUGGUGUAUUUUUGGAAAUCAAGUAACGGACCUCGGGGCCGCGUGAAGACGGCCGUGUUGUAAUUUAAACGAAGUUGUGUGUGAUAAACGAGCUCUGGUGAAGAGGUGGACUUUGAGUUGCAAACACUAAAAAACAGGAUCAGGAUCAGCAGAUGAACCGAGAGCAGACGGGAACAAAACAAACCGUGUCACCCUGACUACACGACUGGCUGAAUCAUUCACAGGCUAGCCAGCCACCGCAGUCAUUUGGCUCAGGUAGAAAUCUUUUAUAAACGUAAGCGACGCUCGUUACUGAGUCUACAGUAGCUUGGUACGCUGAAUUUUUAACUCCAGCGCAGCAUUUUACUUGUCGUCAUGGUCGUGUAGGGUUACACAAGCUCUGUCCGUUAGAGUAGCAGCUUAGCAGGCUAAUGUUAGCUGUAGCUGCUCCCCUUUCUUCUUGGAACGCUUGAGCUGCUAAGUAGUUGUGAGCUGCAGGAUGUAGCUGUGGUUGCAAGUCUGCUUGCGUUUCGUAUAGUGUUUACUACAAGUAGCUCGUAAGUUGCCGGGAGGUUGACCUGAAGAAUGUGAAGCACAAUGGCCAACUUUGAAGCUUACCAGGAGUAUCAAAGAAUUGAUGACUUUGAGGAGGACUCACCACCAGGGGAGGAGGAUUUACUGCUGCACGUGCCCGAAGGCCUAAAAGACUCAUGGCACCAUAUCAAGAACCUGGAUAACUUCUUCACAAGGAUCUAUCAUUUCCAUCAGAAAAAUGGCUUUGCCUGUAUGAUAAUGUCCGAAUUCUUUGAGCUUGCUCAGCUUUUGUUUGUUGUCACAUUCACAACGUUCCUUGUCAACUGCGUGGAAUACGAUGUCCUGUUUGCCAAUCGAGCAGUCAACCAUACAGGGCCAGUCCAGAACCCUUUGGACCGGAACAAAGUCACACUGCCAGAUGCCAUCCUACCAAGUCAGCAGUGCACUGCGAGGAUUCAAGAAAACACCUGGAUCAUAUUCCUUCUCAUCAUGGCUGCCAUAUUCUGGAUCUAUCGUCUUGUUAAGGUCAUUUGCAAUUUUUUGAACUACUGGGAGAUCAGGCAGUUCUACAUCAAAGCACUGAAAAUCAGAAUGGAUGAACUAUGCAACUACACAUGGCAGGAAGUCCAGGACCGGCUAAUCAGCCUGCAGAGGGAACAGCAAAUGUGCAUUCACAAGAAAGAGCUGACAGAACUUGACAUCUAUCACCGUAUCCUGCGUUUUAAGAACUACAUGGUGGCCAUGAUAAACAAAUCCCUGCUGCCGGUGCACCUGCAGCUCCCCCUGCUGGGCAAUGUGGUCUUUCUAACCCAGGGCCUGAAAUACAACUUUGAGCUCAUCCUUUUCUGGGGCCCUGGCUCACUCUUUCAGAAUAAGUGGAACCUGCACCCCAAGUACAAGCGCAGUGGAAACCGCCUGGAGCUCGCCCAGCAGCUCAGCAGGGUCAUCCUCCUGAUGGGUUUGGCCAAUUUGCUGCUAUGUCCCUUCAUCCUAGUGUGGCAGGUGCUCUAUGCGUUCUUCAGCUAUACAGAAGUGAUCCGCAGAGAACCUGGAAGCCUGGGCGCACGUCGCUGGUCCCUGUACGGUCGUUUGUACCUGCGUCACUUCAAUGAGCUGGACCACGAGCUGCACGGACGUUUGGGUCGCGGCUAUAAACCCACUUCCAAAUACAUGAACUCAUUCACAUCACCACUGUUGACUGUGAUUGCAAAGAACAUUGCCUUCUUCUCGGGCUCAGUGCUGGCUGUUCUCAUUGUACUUACAGUUUAUGAUGAGGAUGUUCUGACAGUGCAGCACAUUCUGACUGCUAUCACUGUGCUGGGGGUGACUAUAACUAUCGCGAGGUCUUUCAUCCCAGACGAGCAUAUGGUAUGGUGUCCAGAACAGCUGCUGCAGUGUGUGCUGGCACACAUUCACUACAUGCCAGACCACUGGAGGGGCAACGCUAACAAGAGCGAGACCCGUGACGAGGUGGCACAGCUGUUCCAGUACAAAGCGGUGUUCAUCUUGGAGGAAUUGCUCAGUCCUAUUGUCACACCCUUCAUUCUUAUCUUCCUCCUGAGAAACAAGUCUCUAGAAAUCAUCGACUUCUUCAGGAACUUCACUGUGGAGGUCGUUGGAGUUGGUGACAUCUGUUCCUUUGCACAGAUGGACAUCAGACGCCAUGGAAACCCAACAUGGCUAUCAGAAGGACAGACAGAGGCGUCUGUAUACCAACAGGCUGAGAACGGCAAGACGGAGCUGUCCCUCAUGCAUUUCACCAUCAAGAAUCCACGCUGGCAGCCCCCUCAGGAGAGCUCAGUGUUUAUCAGCCAUUUAAAGGAGAAGGUGCAUCACGAUGCACAGGGCGGCCCCUCCACCCAGCUGCUGCUCUCGGAGGUUCCUCUCUGCACCUCGUUGCAGUCCAACGAGUCUGGCACUGGGGCUGAUAAUCUUUUGGCCAGUGUCCUGGCUCACCCCAUUAUAACUGCAUCUGGACUACAAGGGCGAGACCAUCGUCUCAUCCCACCAAGCACUGCUGCGUCUGCUGCAGCCAGCGUUCUCGCCUCUUUGUCCACGUCCCAGCUCGCACAUACCAGUCGUGGCCGUUCACAUGGCCUCCUGCCCUCCUCCGUCCACCCUGAGACCACAAUGUACCACAGUGAGCGCACUGUCAUUGACAGUAUGUCUAACAGUGACUCUCGCAUCCGGAGCAAUGCACUGCAGUCAGAGUUUGCCUCAGCCGAGAUGAGUCUCCAUGCCAUCUACAUGCAUGAGCUCCACCAGCAGAGCUCCCACCCACAGAGAUCUUCAGGCCAGUGGCAUCAUCCUGUGCACGCACACACCGGUUUCCAGGCACAUGGUGGCCUAGGUUCCAGCGUUUCUGCGCCCACCACUGUCCAUCUUGGUGGCUGGCAAGAGGUAGAAGAAGAGGAUGAAGAUGAUCAGGAGAUUAAUAGUGGAUCCACUCCAAAACAGGGCACUGGGCGUAGUUGUUGAAGUGCCUUUUGUCAUAAGUGUUUACAUUUUACUUUCUACAAUGAACAUUGUGGCCUUAGAUGAUCUUCAUGGAGAAUUUAGCGUGGACCUUUAAUACACCAUUCAGCAUUUUUUUUUAGGAAGGACUCAUUGAAUAACCACAGUCUCUGCACCUCUGCGCCUCAUCCUGUCAUAUCAGGCAGACUAUGGCAUCAGGGAAACCAUAUGUCUUCCGUCCAUGUCAUCACAGUUUUAUUGUCAACUUGUAGAAAAUGCAUCUGAAGCUCAUAUCACAGAAAGAACGAUGGAGUUUAGUGUAAUCGUAGGAUCACUGUGUGACGGUGGGUAUGGGCGAUUUUUAUUGUGAAAUGCAAAAGGUUCAUUACAACUUCUGCCGUGCACAAAUGGAGUAUUUGAGCAUCACAGGGUAUUUCAGUGCAUUCUGAAGCUUUGCACAGAAUAGUGUCUCAAUCUGUGCCACAGCACGAAGACUGCAAAUUGUAUCUUGGCUGCCUGAACAAUUUCAAUCAUAGGGGGGGUGGGGGUGGGGCAUUUCAGAGUUGUGCUAUUUGACUCUUGUAAAAUGUAAAUAUACUUUUGCAUCUUACUUGUUUUUUCAAAGGUCACAUUAUUACUACUAGACCCAAUCCCUGAAAAUUACACCAAGUAUUGAAAUGAUUAAAAAAGCUCACUAUACAGUAGCCGUACUACUAAAGCACCAUGUGGGGGAUUUAUUCAGGCUAAGGGUACACAUGGUUUGAUGCUGCUGUUUGCAUUUAGUGGUCCUAAAUGCAGAUUUUGUUCAGUGUUAAUAUUUCUGCAGCUCAUUUAUCAAGACAUUUGCUUUUCUUUGAAAGCAGAACUGAAUUAAUGGGCUCUAAGUACACUUGGCAUAGAAAUCCCAAUGCAGAUAGAAGAUGUAAUUUAAAUCUAUUUAAGCUGGACACAGUCAGCUUUAUGCCUUAACACCUAUAUAAAAACAUGUAUUUAAAUCCUGGUUUUCCGCAUUACCUCAGUAGUGGAGGAGACAAACAAAUACACCAAUCAAUACCUCUGUAGUGUAUUUACUCUUGUAUAAAUAUUUAUUAUACAUGUGGUGUUUUUUUCCAUUCUAGAGGUGCAUCUUUUGACUGCAUUUUGAUUUUAAUGGCAGGUGUAGGUGGAAAAACCAUUUGCUGUCGUUGUUCUGGUGAGUCAGGCAGGACAGGUGGAUUUUUUUUAAAGAACAAAACAGUGUGGUGUUGUUUUUUUGUUUUUUUUUUCAAAUACUUCAUGUGCAUGUUACCAUUUUGUGUGCUUUCCCCCAAAUUGAGUAUAUAAAAAUGGAACUUCACCAUAAGGGCUGAUUUCAGAGUGUGUGCUGUUGCUUGUGCAUCAUUGAGUUUCAAGACACAAGGACAGCAGUUCUGCUCAGACAUGAUUUUUCCAAAGUAAGAGCAUUAGGAGAAAAAGAAGAGUUAGCUUUAGGAAUAUUUAUUGCCCAUCUUUCCCCACAUAUUUGAUACAGGUAUGUAUAUAUUAUUUAUUUGGGGCAAAAAAUUGUUUCAUUUUGUCAAUUAUUACUUACAAAAGCUUUUAUUCUUAUGAAUGAAGGUGGUGUGUGUGUCCCCUCUUAAAAGUUUUUUUUUUUUUUUAAAUAAUUUAUAUAUUAAUGCCAUGCCUAGCUGCAUGUUGGCGAAUGCAAUUUACCCCUGAAAUUAACUGGGACUAAAUCUUGUUGUUGAUCUAGUGAAGAUAAUAUCAACAUAUUUUUAUUGCAUUCUGCAAAGAGUAGACAACAGGAAUAGAAACCCAACCCUCCACUGCUGUAAGAUUUCAGUGUGUCUUUACCCUCUCGUGUGUUUAGAAGCUGUUUCACUCUUAAGCUGAGUGUACAUGUGUCUGUGGAGGGAAUGCAUUUUAACACCUGUGUAAUUAUGGUAACACUUUUGCACUGAUUGAAAAGCAUUUUUGUGUGUGUGUGUGUGUGUUUACUUGCAUCCUGAUUGAACUUUGUAGAUCAGCAUCACAUCAGCCUGUAUUGUAUUGACAUUUGUCCUCAGUAGACAAUAAGGAAACACUGUGGCCAAUCACAUAAGGUUUUUUUGGGUUUUUUUUCGGCCUCUGGUCAGUAAAUGUUUGCCUGUUUAUUUGCCUGUUUAUUCCAGAUGAGGUGAGUUUAUGUUGUAGAGACACUGGAACUCAGCUUUGUGCACAGAGUUUUGAUAGUCUCCACAUUUACACGCCAUGGUAGCGUCUGAUGUUAGUCAUUUUAUUAUAAGCAGUGCCUUGGUAAUAAGGAUUAGCAUUUGCUCUUUUUAGACGUCGUCUCAUGUUAUAACCAUCAGAUUUGCUUUCACAGAUUUACCAGCACAUGGGGUGUACAGUAUUUUUUAUUUGUGUCAUUGUGUAUAGCAUCAAGUAUGUAGUGAAACUGUGGAUGUGGCUUGUUAACUGACUGGCAGUGCACUUCUUCUUGUCUGGGAUUGCACUGUCUUUAACGUCCUAAAGAAGCAGGAGCAUGCCUUGUAAUUGGCAGUAUCAUCUUGGCCAACCCUCUCAUACUAUGGUUUCUUAUCCACUAUAGACCAGUCAGAGGAUCACAGUGACUGGAACAAGGUGCUAUGUUUUCAUCCUGAAAUGGUGAAUUUUUUUUUUUUUUUUUUGGGUUACAAAAGUUUGUCUGUUUUGUUCUGUAUAUUGAGCAACAUUAGCUGAAUUAUCAAACAUGCCAAAAGAACUUGUUUUCAGCACAGCUUUAAAAUAUGUGUUGUUUUCAGUGAGUAAAUAGAGAGGCAAAUAAAUCUAAUUUUGAGUGUAUUUAAUCGUUCUGUGUGUGGUUGAUUAUGUAAUGUUUAUUUAAAAUAAAAAAAUAAAAUUGAAUUUUCUUUGUUUUGA